UGCGAAUGCCCGAAGCCGAACCAGUCACGGUUGGAAUCCAUGGCGUCCAGAAUUCUGAAGCGAAGCAUGAUGAUGAAAUCAACGGUGGAGAGUCUCCGAAUCGCAGCUGCAGCAGCAUCAAGGCAUUACGCCUCUGUUGCAGUGGGGACAGAUUUAGUGUCAGCUGCACCAGAUGUUCGUCUCCAGAAGGCUCGGACCUGGGACGAAGGCGUCUCCUCUAAGUUUUCCACAACACCUCUCAAAGAACUUUUCAAGGACAAGAAAGUGGUCAUCUUUGGUCUCCCUGGUGCUUAUACAGGUGUUUGUUCAGCCCAGCAUGUGCCUAGCUACAAAAAAAAUGUUGAUAAGUUCAAGGCUAAAGGGAUUGAUUCUGUUAUUUGUGUGGCUGUCAAUGAUCCAUACACUUUAAAUGCCUGGGCAGAAAAACUUGAAGCCAAAGAUGCAAUUGAGUUUUAUGGGGACUUUGAUGGAAGCUUCCACAAGAGCUUGGAUUUAGAAGUGGAUCUUUCCGCUGCUUUGCUUGGACCUCGUUCUCAUAGAUGGUCAGCAUAUGUGGUUGAUGGGAAGGUCAAGGCUCUUAAUAUAGAGAGUGCUCCAUCCGAGGUUAAGGUUUCUGGUGCAGAUGUAAUUUUGGAACAGAUUUAAAGUUGUCCUGUUCCACUUUGUCGUUCAAUCCACAAUACUGCUGGUAUGUUGUGGGGCAACUCUGAGUUUUCCAGUAGAAAGGGUGACUACAUGGCUAAUAAUUUGAAGUGUUCCAGAAGUUUCUACAGGGCUUCUUUGCAUCUUUCUUUGACCCUGUUCUUUGGAAUAAGGUGGGUCGAUAAUUGACUUAGUCUGAAAAUCAAAGAGUUGAAUAUAAAGUUUAUGUGGCUGAUUGAGAUGAGCAUGGCUCAUGCUUGGUUUUUUUUUAUUAUACUUCCAUUCAAUGCCAUCAGUAGUUGACAACUGCUUACAAGGUGGAUAUGUUUGGGCUUUUCGACCCAUAUAGGUGAAAUGGACUUCCCU